UAUCGUAAUGUAAGAUGGCUAGAUUUUGAGUAUCGUUUACGUCCUAUUUUGUACAUUUUAGCGUAUUAGUGAACAAAUGUUGUGUAAACCCGCUGCUCAACAAUCCCGGUGGUGUUUCAUGAAACUCGAUAGAAAAUGCAUAAACUCGUUAUGUCUUUAUCCGUCAUUAAUCGAAACUAAUCGCAUACAUUUGAUCAAGGGUUUCAGUGCUUUUUUUCAAACUAUACUCGACAGAGGAAGAGCAACAUUUUAAUUAUAUUUCAAUAUAAUGGUUGAAAGUACUGACAUUUGUGUCCUACAAUGGGCUGGUCAUGCAAGAUACAUUACAGAAAAAUUUAGCGAAUUGUUAGCACGCCAAGCACUUGUUGAUGUUACCCUCAUCUGUGAAGAACAAAAACUCCGCGUUCACAAACUGGUUUUAGCAUCGAAUAGUACAUACUUUGAGCAUUUGAAGAAACCAUGUUUGAUGGACAUACUUUUUACAACUUGUGAAGAACACCUAUUCAAUGUAAAGGAGAUUCUGCAGCAAGAUUUGGGUCAGGAACCAAUUAUAUUUUUAAAAGACCUAAACUUUGAGAUUUUGAAGGCCAUGGUCGAAUUUAUGUAUUGUGGAGAAACUACUGUUCCUUAUCGAUUGCUGUCAUCUUUAUUAACUGCCACAAAGACUUUUAAGGUUAAAGAAUUAACGAAUGUGGUCAAUGCCAUGAUGACUUCCCAUGUAGAAAAUUUUGAAGCUAAUAUACAUAUGGAUAAGAAAGUUAUUGAAUCAAAGAUUAUAAGAAAUAAAUAUAAUGGUUCAGAUUACGUACACGUAAAGUGCAAUGAACUUGAGAAAGAUGAGUGCUUUUUAGUUUCUAACGAGAGCAAUAGUGAUGUGAACCUAAGUGAAAAUUCACCUUUGGAGAAUAAUGCGGUCACUGAUCCUCCUGAAGAGGAGUUAGAGCAUAUGUUGUAUGAAGAAUCGCAAGAUUUUGAAACUAAUGCGGAUCAAAGUAAUAAAUUAUUUUCAAUGACAGGUUCUAAACUAGAGGAGAAUAAAAAUUCAACUUUAUCUGUAAAUUGUAAAAGCAAAGAAGUAUUGAAUGGGUACUCUGAUGAUAGAAUGAUAAAUAGUAAUACAUUAUGUACAAAUGAUGCAUUAAAACCUAUAUUAUAUGAACAAUGCUGUGAUCUUUCAGAUAUUGAUGACUGCGAAGAAAAUUCUAUGUCACUAUCACAAUCUUGCCUGCAACAAAUUGAAAAAGACUUUGCACAAUAUAAGUUCGAAGCCACCGAUGUUCCUAGUAAAAUAGGAAAAUGUGUUAAAGUUUACACUCAUAAAAGACGUAAAUCUAUAGACGAAAUAAAAACUAAAUUUACAGAUGUAAAUAACAUAAUUCAAAGUCCAUCAUCCACUGAUUGUAUAGACUUAUUAGACGAACCGUCCACUAAUGAUAUACCAGUUACACUUUUAACCUCGUUAGAUAUGGAAAGUGCUGAGUAUAUUAUAAGCUUAAAUACUGAAAAUAUUCAGUCCAUAGUUGGAGCUACCCUAACCGAACAACAUACACUAAACACAGGUAAGAAAAUCGGGCAAAUUAUUGAAUACAAUUCACAGAAAGAUAGUACUAAUAAAAAAGAUGUAAAUCUUGAAAAUACUGAAAAUUCUAUUUGCACCAAACCAAUAUUACGAAGAAGUUUGCGAUUAAAUCAACAGGAAACAGAAGAGAGUACGAGCAAUAAUGAAACUGUUAAAGACUCGAAUGGAAGAGAGAAACAAGUUAAAAAAACCAGUACCUCGAACGGUACAGAAUUGUGUAUGAAAAAAAAGCGUAAAGUGAAAGAGACAGACCGUAAAGUUCCAGAGCAAACUGGUAAUAAUUUAAUACAGUCCGCUAAAAAGCCUUUUAAUUCUCGCAAAAAUACUACAAAAUUAAUUGUAAAGAAGAGCAAUAAAUCUGCGUGUACGAUAUCUAACAAGGAAAAGGAUCAACAAACGGUUAAAAUACCAAAUAGAUUGAAAUGUGACAUAUCAGAAGCAACUGAAGUGAAUUCUAUUUUUACGUUGCCAAAAUUAAAUACAAUAGAACAUAUAAAUCGAGCUCUCUGGGGCGAUAUGUCGGAUGUUUCAGAUGAUUCUGAGAAUCGGAUGAAUUCAUUGGAGUUUACACCGAAUACAGAAAUUCCGUUCGCUGUUGGAUUACUUCCUUUACGUACUGCUUUGGAAAAAAUGCAAGCAACGCCGGAUUAUCAGCCUCGUAAAACCCGUUCGUCGGUGGCUCCGCUAAGGCAAGAUAGUUUUCUUAAAAGAAAAAAUUUUACACAUUUCGGUAAACCUACUGAUUCUAAAAAGCAAAACGUUUGUACUAAUGAGCCGAAGGAAAAUGCGAAAACAGUUUAUCAUAUUCAAAUAAGAACAGCUCCAUCGCAAUAUAUAAGAAAUCGUAAGAAAUAUAUUGCAGCGUGUGUUGAAACAAUACAACCAUCGGCUAUUAUGAAUAAAUAAUAAAAGGUAUUACAGAGAAAUAGGUAGCUAUAAACAGUGAUCCUAAAAGGGUCAGGUAUCUAAUAAAUUAUAAGAAAUGCGUAUGCAAUUUUAUAUUUUAAACAAAUAUGUAUUUUUAAUAUAAAACUACUUGUAUGUAAAAUAUAGGUACGAGAAAAGGAUCUACCGUAAAUCACAUUAAUAUAGUUCCUUAACUUUUGUAAGAAUUUAAGAUAUAUUUUUUUAUUCUUUUGAAUACUCUGUUAGAAGAGUAAAUAAAAAUCUGUUUCUUUAAAAAGAGAAUGAUUAAUGUAAUAUAGUUAUAAUAUUUUUGUUUAAUACAGUUUUAUAUUCAAAAUAAUGCAUGCAUCAUGUAAUACUGCAUUAUUUUAUAAGUUCAUUAACUUGUGAUCAAGUAAAAUGAAUUUUUCUAAUGUACACGCAUACACAUACACAUAUAUGUACAAUAUCACUCAUAGUGUCCGUUCGUCUAGUGAAAAAGCACUGAUUUUGGAGUCCAAGUUUAACCGCAG